AUGGUCUAUUGUGGGAAGCCAAGUAAAGGAUGCUCCAACUGUCGUGAUCGAAAGAUUCGCUGUGAUCAGAGAGCACCAGGAUGCGGCCAGUGCGAAAAGAGGCAUCAGACAUGCCCUGGCUAUCGAAAUCUAGUGGAUCUCAUGUUCCGCGAUGAGAGCUCCCACGUCAUCAAGAAGGCCAAGGCGAGGGCCCGCAAGAAGGGGAAUCUGAUCGUCGAGCCAUCAACACCGUCUGGAUCCGAGGGGAGGUUGUCAGUCACACCAGAACCUCGGGGAAAGCCAUCGGUAACGAUAGCAGUUCCCGCCACGCCAGCCCCAACCAGUCCCGCAGAUUCGGAUGCAUGGGGAUUCGACGACAGCCUACUGAUGUCACCAGAGUCGGGAAGCUGGCCAACAACACCUCCCGCCAUGGCACUCUACAACAUUCCGGCGGUAUGCCAGGAACACGGCUUUGCCUUCUUCUUUUCACGAUUUGUGACAGCACACGAAACGGCCUGUCACCAGAAAUUCGACUUUGUCCGAGAAGUCUGGAAGCCCUCCCGAACCAAGCGGGAGCGGCAGGUCGACUCUGUCCUCGCCAGCUUGACAGCGGUGGGACUGAUGGGCAUGGCUAGUUUACAACGGAGGAACGAUCUGAUGGAUGCUGCGAGGAAGUCGUACGGGGUAGCGUUGGGACUGACCAAGGAUGCGUUGAAAGAUCCGGCAGAGGCGGUCAAGGACAGCACCAUGCUUUCCAUCUUGAUCCUCGGUGUCUUUGAAAUGAUGGCCGAGAGCCCAGCGCGAGCACGAACAGUCACUGCUUUCCAGGAGCAUGUCAACGGUGCUGCCGCCUUGGCUAGAAUACGAGGACCAGCCCAGUUCCAGACCCGAGCCGGAAGACGAAUGUUUUCGAUGCUCUGCCAAAGAGUUGUGAUCAGCUGCGCAAUGAAAGAUAUGCCUAUGCCACAACACUUGAAGGAGCUCUGGCAUGAGAUGGCCAAGACUUUGGAGCCUGAGGACCCUACCAGACACGAGACGGGGAUCAAGCAGGCGGAUGCGCUGGUUAAUCUUAUUGUUGAUGAGGGGGGUGUUGGCGGGGUGGAUUGGAUUGAUCCUACUUUGGAGCAGACAAUGGGGGGAGAUGGGCUGUUGUUGUCGCCGGAUAUGCUAUCGCAUGAUGGGUGGGGGAAUGGAGGGGGGUUGUAUGGAUUGGGGUUGUCGCCGUUGCAGGUGCCGAUGGAGUAUAUGGGGGAUGAUUUGGGGGUGGGGGUUGGGGGGGGGGAUUUGGUUUGGGUUUGA